AUGGUGGCGGCCUCUCUCAAUGACGCGCCAGAGCGGAUCAAGGGCUGGUCGCUGAUCUGUGGGUUCAAGGAGCAAAGCUUCCGGGACUGGUCUGACUUUGCCAAGUAUGUCGAUGACAGUGCAGGAAGCACCGUGGAUCAUUUGAGGCGGACGAAGAAGGGGAACAAACUCUUGGCUUUGCCGGGCCUCAAGAAGAAGGGACUCCGGCGUGCACGGCCAAGCCCCAGAGAGGGCUUGAUGCAGAUGAGCGGGUCGGAGCCCCUGCUGCAUACCGUGCACUGGCUUCGCGGAGGUAUUCCUGUGAGUGACUUCCGUCGGCCGAUGGCCAGGCCGCAAAGCCAACCCAGCCAGGGCACGGCCAUCAGUGCCAUCCGCAGCCCCACCACCCUCACCUUCGAUGAGCCCGAGAGGCCUCGCUCGUCGCCCUCCAAGAGCUUACUUGGUGGGCUGCCCGAAAAGCAGCGCCAGGGCUCCCAUCUGCAAAGCCCUGUGCCACAGCAGCACAGCCCUCGCCACAGGCACACCCUCGCCAAAACUAUGUUAGAGACUUUGCCACCCAUCGAAGGCCUCGACCUGACCUACAGCGAGUCGCCCACGUUGGCCUCAGCGAGCUCCAAAGGGCCGCAGCUCUUUCAGUUGGCACACGAGCUGCGGAUCCCCGCAGAGCUGGCGCGCCAAGCGACCGAGCUCUUUGGGCGUUACAGCGAUGGCGAAGGCCCUGAUCUCUUCCAGCGGCGCUUGCGGAUGAUCAACUUCCCUGCGCUUCUUUGUGAAGUGACCCAUGUCAGCAGCCUGAGUGAGCUGUCGCCCCACUUCGUGGAGACCGCGACCCGGAGCCUGAACCGCCUCAACGCCGACGCCAUCGAUGUGCGAGAGUUCUUCAUUUGGUACUCGGCUUUCAGCUUUUCGGAGGAAAUGACGCCCAACAAGGAUGACCAUCGCACCCGUCGAUUGGCUAAAAAGCUGGGUCUGGAGGUGGUGGACGUGGACGACUACCGGAAGGCCUUCGACAAGUUCGACACCGACGGCAGUGGUGCCAUCGAGAUCGAUGAGUUUCAGGAGAUCUUGAAGCAUCUCCUCAAGCUCCCGCCCGAGACGGAGCUGGAACCCAACCGGGUCGCCAAUCUCUUCCUCAUCGCAGACAAGAACCACGACGACGUGGUCGAUUUCGAGGAGUUCUGUGUGUUCUGGUCACAGUCCUACGGCAGUGGUGACAACAGUCAAGGACUUGAAAACCUCUUCGCCAGUGUCUACCGCAGCCUCCGGCGGGCGGUGUGCCGUCCCACCGACCGGGGCGGAGGGUUUCGUGUGACCUGGCACACGCAUUGGGCCUCGAUCAGUUCACAGCUACGUUGCGAGGAAGGUGAAUUCAAGGACCUACAGGCCACAGGCUUGAGGGCCCUUUGGGAUCUGAGCAUCCAGAACGAAGCACCCGUCACGAGGAUGGAUGACUCCGACGAGGAACAUAGUCCCUAUGCAGAAGUGGAUGUGGGAGACGAUGAUGUGCUGAAGCUGACGGAGCGCGAGGUGCCUCUGGCCAACAUCCAUCGCUUGGACCUCAAUGACACGGCUGGCAGCAUCCGAGACUUGGAUGAACUGGAUCGUUGGUGGGAGGAUUCGUCGCCAGCGAAGGGCAAAGCCCUCAACAGUGGCACUCAUUCCAUGGAGAAGAAGCCAACCAUUUGCAGGAACCUCCUGCCUGAGCUGGACCCAUCCGCCAAUGUCAGCGACACAGACCCCAGCGCGAGCUGCAGCUCACAGGAGUUCAGCGGGGAAAAUCGCUCCAGUACCAAGGGUGCAAGCCCUGACUUCAGCCCGACUUCUACUUCCAGUCCGUCCAGCCCCAGGGACUUAGCCCAGGAGGCUUUGGUUGAGACACUGAUGGUGGAGUUCACCCGAAGCACCUCCAUGGGCUCUGGGAAGGGCGUGGCCGUACCUGGUUCGCAUUCCCUGGCGCUGGCUGCGCCCAAAUGCUCCGGUGCCGGAAAGGGCCCCAAAGGCCCUGCUGCCAAGGGAGCGCCAGGUGCUCCUGGGAAGGGCGUAGGAAGGGGCGCCAAGGGGAAGACACCUGUGCUGCCAUUGGCCAACAUGCCCAACACUGUGCCAACUGCAGAGGGGGAGCAGAGCCCCUUCCCACACAAGGGCGAAUGCCACCGGGUGGAGAGCCCCACCGUGCCGAAGAAAGGCAAGGGCAAAGGCAAGGCCAAAGGCCCACCGACCCCGGCGCCGACCUCCUCAGCUGCUUCAGUCGUGUCUGAUGUGGGAAGUCCCUCAGACACUGCAAUGUCCUCUUCAGCGGUCUCAUCUAAGGCCAAGGGACCUGGGAAAGGCCCGCUGAAGGGAGCCCCUGCUGCGAAGGGUGCGAAGGGAACGCCCAAGGGCGCCACGAAGGGCGAGGGCAAAGCCAAGGCGAAGGCCACGCCUCGCUACCAAGGACAUGCACCUCUGGGCCGGAAGAUCCACUGGGGUGCGCAUUAUGAGGAGCCCCAUGCGGACUCAGUCUUUAGCGAUUUGCCGCAAGGAACAUUCGAUAAAGAGCUCUUGAAGGCGCUCUUGAGCAACGAGACAGACAAGCCUGUGAUGGGAAGGCGGAAAUCCGUCGCCAAGCGGCCCACAGGCAUUAGCAUUUUGGAUGGUUCCCGCGCGCAGAAUCUGGCCAUCGUCAUGAGCAAGAUCACCCAAACUGAAACCUCCACCGAGGAGUUCUGCCAGAACCUCAAGGAAAUGAACUUCCGCGAGGAAUUCAUGAGCCCCGACGAUGUGGAGUUGCUGAUCCAUGUGCUUCCAACACCUGAAGAGAACAAGAAGCUGCUCGAAUACAAGGAUCGAGUCGCAGAGCUUCGAGAUGUCCAUUCCCCUCCCCCCGGCGGAGCUCCGCUCGCGUCGCGUCGCGUCGCGUGUGUGUUGCGCGCAAGCCUACCCGCGCGGAGCGUGAUGCACAGCGGAGCGAGCGUGGAGUUCGUCGAGCCCAUGGGCUUUGCUUUCUUGUGGCCUGAAAUUGAACGGGCGCAAGACCACUGGGAAGGCCAGUCGCGCUGCUGGGAGGGCGGCCUUUCCUACGACAUGUGCUGCAAGAAUUUGCAAGCGGACUGCUGGGAGGGCGUUGCGAGCCGCAUUGGCUACGCGCAGUGCUGUCUGCCACGCCGCUCCACACGUUGGCGCCUGGUUUGUGAGAAAGAGCUUGGAGGAUGGAUGAUCCAUGAGUUGGCCUUCUUCGAAGAUGUGAACUGCACCCGCAGGGUCAGGAAUCAGCUUCGACUCCUGGAGAGCGGCCACCGGGGGAGCUUCCGGCCGAGCCACGCCUUUGAUCUCUUGGCCGAUGCGGCGGAUCGCUUCUUCUGGUACUCCAAGCAGGCCACCGAAGGCCAUUGGGCCUGGCUGGGCUUGGAGGUCUUUCGAGCAGUGCAGGUGCGCUGUGUAGAGCUCUUCCACAACAACCUUCCGGAGGUGCCGGUGGCCUUGCAGUCAUGGCAGGACCAUGAUUGGUCUUUGGUCCAGCGCUGGCCUGCCGCCGCUGGUGGCCAAUGGACGUACCUCUUGGUGGACGAGGCCCAGACUCGCUGGGGCACUGCCCGUGCGGCGCCGGCCAGUGCUGCGGCCAGCGCCGUGGAGGGCUCCAAGAGCAUGGUGGAACAGAAUGUCAUGCCCUUUUGCGUCCUCCACAAGGGAGUGGUGCGGAUGAAGGUGGCAAAGUUUGCCUUGUCGCACCAGGGGACCUACAGUGGAAUCAAAGUUCGUUGCGAGGUCUUGAAAGACGCAGCAAAGCAGGUGCGCAAAAGCGAAGAGUUCCGGCAGAUGCUCAGUGUGGUGCUGCGUGUGGGAAAUUUCAUCAACCACGGCGUUGAUGAGGAGGAGGUCAAAACACAGGAAGUGGACGGAGCCACCAUCCGCGGCAUCAGCGUUGACUCGCUGAGCUCGUUGGCUUCCUUCAAGAGCGGCACGGUGUCGACGAUGCACUUCUUGUGCUUAUCCUUGGGAUCCAUGAACACGGACUUCUUCCAGGGGCUCAAAGAGUCCUUGUCCAGUGUGCAGGAGGCCUCCAAAGAGAAGUCCGCCUUGCUCAAGGGCUCCAUCGAGUCCUUUGCGAAAGACGUUGAAACAGCCGAGAAGCAGUUGAACCUUCUCUUGACCGUGGACGAGGAGGCAGCGGAGUUCGCGCCUUCGGAAGAGAAAGAGGCCGAGCUUCGUGAGGAAAUGGAGAAGUGGAAAGAAGAGAGUGAUGUGCUACAGAAGAUUGGCGAUGAGGCCUUCAACGAGUGCGCCGUGGCACAGAAAUUCUUCUCUGCCUCUGAGCGCAAGCAGGCUGAGCUUCCACCGGUGGAGUCCUUCUUCUUGCACAUUGCCGCUUGGACCUGCACGGUCGCACCGCGCACGCGGAGCCAGCGAGACGGCACCGCGCACGCGGUGGGAUCCAGUGGUGCAGAUGACACAGGAGGAGGGUACUAG